CAGUGCGUUCGUUUCCGUUGUUUUCAGUACUGGACAGGUUGAAAUCUGAUUUGAAGCGUGCCAUCCUUCACCGAUAAACACUCCUGGGAAAAGUGGUUGUAGACGUAAGGGUAAGAUGACAAAACUGGAAGGGACUUCUAGCGCAAAUAGCCAAGGAGCUGAAGAGGAAAAGAGUUUUACGCCAUCGGCAAACUCUAGUUUAUCCCACGAUGGUCUUCAACUUUCACUAUGUUCAACGCCAUUGAAAAACGACUCCGGCAUAUCCAAUGAAUCGCAUCCGGAUUUAAAUUGUUCAACGUCAUCGGAAAAGACUCUCUCCGAUACAUCCAAAGAUGCGCUUCUAUUUUCACAAUCUUUACCAUCAUCGAUAAGCAGUGACUCAGGGAUAGCAAAAGAUGCGGUUAUACAUUCACAACCUUCAAUAACGUCGGAAAAACCUGACUUAAGGGUGUCAUAUGGUGCGGCGUAUAAUUUAAGAAGGAACAGUAAAACACCUGUGACUUUGCUUCAGGAACUUCUUUUAAAAAGGCAUGUUGUACCAAAUUUUGAAUUGAUUCACAACGGUGUUGGUACGCACCAGCCUACAUUUAAAUUUCAAGUCAGUGCAAUCGGAAAAAUAGCAUUUGGAAAUGGAAAAUCAAAAAAAGAAGCUAAACAUGAUGCUGCUCGUAAUUUCCUUCUAAUACUUAAAUCAGAGGAUUCAGAAUUACAACAUCUAGUGGAAGAAAGUGUCGUGGAUGAAGUGCGGCAUCCAUAUGCAGAAAUAAUCAAAGAUAAUGCUGUUGGAAGUCUGCAGGAAUUUUGUUCAGACAAAUUGUUGCGCAUGCCAGUGUACGCACUAACACGAGAUGAAGGAUUACCUCAUGAUAAGAUAUUUUGCAUAUCUUGUUCUGUUUCUUCCUUCAAAACUGAAGGACUAGCUAAGACCAAAAAGCAAGCAAAGCAGUUGGCUGCUCAAGCCAUGCUUGAAAAAUUGAAAGAUUGCCUACAAGAAGUUCCUGCCUUGGAAAAAAAUAAUGAGCUAGAGAAUAUCAAUAAAUUGAAUGCGCUUGUAAUUGAGAAGUUGAAAGAAAAAACACACCACCGAUGUACAAAUACAGGCCAAGUAGGCCUUCAACUAGGUGAUUUGUAUAACUCCUUAAUUCAAUAUACAGAAACUAAACCAUCUCCUGCAUUAGAUAAAGUAAAGAAUUUGCCAGAAGAAUUUUUUUGGAAUGUAGAAAAACCAUCAGAGCUUUUCAACGAAAUAGUAAAUGAACUUGGCCUUCAGGAAAAUAUUACUUGGAUUGAAACAUCCCACAAAACUGAAUAUAUGGUGUCUAUCCAGAUUGUUGGAACAUCAUCAUCAACAUGGACAUUUUUAGGCUUACAAAAAGACAAAGAAUCUGCAUUACGUGAAGCUUGUGUAAGGGGACUUUAUUUUUUGUCUGUGAUGUCGUGUUGAUUAUUUGAAUUUCGAUUUAAAAUUUUUGUAAGUUUUACUCUUACAUAUAAUAAUUAUUAAGUCAUUAUUUUGUUAAGCAGUCAUUUAUAAAAAAAUGUUUAUCAACUUAUAGUUUCUGUUUGUUUUUCCUUAAAUAUUUUUAAUAAUAAUUGUGUGCUAGUUUUAUUAUUGAAAUAGUUAUUGUUGUUUAAAUACAUAAUGAUAAUAUUAUGGAUUCUUUGUCAGCUGCAGUUUGACACAUUUGUAGAUAACAAAAUUUUUUGCAUUUGCAUUUUGUAUUACAAAUUCCAGAAAAAUAAAAUUGCAUGUAAACACAGAAUUGUUUAGUUAGUUUUGUUAUACAAAUAUAUUUUUUUAAAUUUGCCUUGA